AUGGCUCAUCAAGGACUCGAUAUUGUCAUUGUCGGUGCCGGCCUGGGUGGGCUAGCAGCAGCUAUUGGAAUUGCCAAAGCCGGCCACCAAGUCACAAUCCUUGAACAAGCCGAACAGCUAGGUGAAGUUGGUGCCGGAAUUCAAAUCCCACCAUCAUCCUCACGCGUCCUAGAUCAAUGGGGGCUACUUGAAAAAGUCCGUUUAAUCGCUACCCUGCCCCACAAUUUCCAUCUUCGAACAAGCGAUGGAACAAUAUUAUCAACCCAAAACAUCCAGCCAUUCAUCGAAGAUAAAUAUGGAUACCCAUACUUCCAAGUCCACCGCGCAGGAUACCAUCAUAUCCUGCUCACCGAAGCAAUCCGACUCGGAGUAAUUAUUCGAUUGCAAUCAACAGUCACAAGAAUCCAGUUCGAGAAGCCCGCCAUCACCGUGAAGGGAAAUCCAGACUACGAUAUCACCCCAGAUCUGAUCAUUGGAGCCGACGGGCUCAGGUCUGCAUGCCGUGAAGCAUUACUCGCUCGUCCAGAUCCACCUAGACUUACCGGCGACCUCGCGUACCGGUCUGUAGUAAAGGUAUCUGAUAUGAAGAGCGCAAUACUACAGGACCUUAUCAAGAAGCCGUGCACGAACUACUGGAUGGGACCAAACAUGCACGCCAUGUGCUACUUCAUCGAGAAGGAUCAAUUGUGCAACAUUGUGCUUAUCAUCCCGGAUGAUUUACCCGACGGUGUCAAUGUCGAGUCCGCAAGUGUUGAGGAAAUGCAGCGCAAAUUCGAUAACUGGGACCCCCAAUUGACGGAGCUACUGCACCAAGUCGGAAGUACCACCAAAUGGCGCUUGCAGGAUAGUGUCAAAAUGGAGCAGUGGAGUCAUCCAUCUCAUAAGUUUGUUUUGCUGGGUGAUGCUUGUCAUGCCACCCUUCCAUAUCUGGCCCAAGGAGCUGCUCAAGCAAUUGAGGAUGGUGCUGUUCUGGGUGCGCUAUUCUCAAAAGUUGCACCCUCUGAAGCACGUUUUCACAUGCGCGAUAUUCUAAGGCUAUAUGAGCAGCUACGUAAAGACAGAACAGCCCAAGUUGUGCAGAAAAGUGCCGACUUUCGAGUUGUAUUCCAUUUGGAGGAUGGCCCUCUACAAAAGGAGCGUGAUAGAGUUUUGUUGAAUGAGAGGCCUGCUCAGGGAUUCCCUUUCCUGUUCGCAGAUCCCAGCAUUCAAGAGUUUCUCUUUGGAUACGAUUUUGCUCGUGAAGUUGAUAUUGCUUGGGGAGAACAUGUUCAAUCCCCGGUGUCAAGUUCACUGUAA